CCCAGCAGAGGUGUGCAGCGGACAGCAGUUGAACCACCGCAACAUACAGCACCAUUAGCAGCAGCAGACUAAAUAAUUGCGGCCACAAAAGAAGAGAAGCCCUGCCCUUUGACCCACUGUAUUCAUUGUAUCCACAGCUCGAUUGCAUCGGGAUCUGCCACUGCAACAACUGCCAUAGCAAUGCCAUGUUGGACUGACAACUGACCCAGCAGCAACUGAUUGACUGGCCGCCCGACGGCAGAGCUUCCUUAUUCCUCACAAGUCCACGUCUGUUGUCCACUUGGAGAACGCGGAUGGGAAGAGCAUCAUCCUCGGCGACAGAGCAGCGCGAUAGUAGGCAACGAAAAUCGCAAAUCUAAUUAGCGACGUCAGUGUCAGGAUCGCUAAUCUAUUAAUUUCGAGGAACCACAUCAACAACUUUUUCGGCAAAAAGGCGUUGCUACAGUACUAGAGAAAAGAAGAAAAAACGGCAAAAUCGAGAAAAUUUAACGCAGAAAAAAGGGAAAGCACUUUCGUUUUGCUGUGCGUGCGUGUGUGUGAGUCGGUGUGCUGGUGUGCCGCGUGCGUGUGUGUGUGCGAGUGCCUGAUAACGCGAGUCUGGCGCUGACAUCACUUUCACUUGGAAAACCAACUUGAGGAACCAUCCUGGAACCCGGGAAGCUGCCAAUCAAGCCCCACGGCAACAAAAUCAAUUAAACUACCAAUACGACAACCGCCACAACAGCAACAACAAAGCUGCCAAGAGCCAAUUAUCGAAGAAAAGCGGAGGAAACCCAGUGAAAAUCGCAGUCAAGAUGUUCUCCAUGUGCACCAAGGUGAAAUCGCGGAGUGCGGACGCGGAUAGCUCGUUCAUGCAGCAGUCGCAGUCGCAGCAGAUGCAGCAGCUGCAGCUGCAACAGCCCCAGGCGAUGGGAACUGGCGGGAAACAAAUCAAGGGCGGCUACCUACUACGCUACAAAAAGCAAAUGUUCUGGAACCGUUGGGCUGAGGAAUGGGUGGUGCUGUACGACGACUCGACCAUGGCCUGGUUUACGGAGCCAGGGCGCUCUUCGCCUACGGGCAAGAUCCUGGUGAAGGAGGCGCCCGAGAUGCUGGCCAUCGCUCACUGGACCGGCCAGAUACCACGUCGCCCGCCGCUACCUGCUGGCGUAAAUGUGUCCCAGUUAAUUGCCCUCGGAUCUCAGCGCAAGCGGUCCAAGGUCUACUGGAUGCUGGCCAAGUCGGAGCAGGAGGUUAGCGACUGGAUCGAUGCGAUUACCAAGACCCUGCCGCCGCCUCCCCAAAUCGAGCUGGUGGUGGACAAGCCGCACCUGAUGAACGUGCUUCGACGUCCGCUGGUGCGCAUUAGACCUGCCACCCAGUCGGAAGUUAAGCAGCGUAAGGCAGCAAACCACGGAGCCAGUGGCAGUAAACACCAUCGCUGCUCCUCAGCCAUGACCACUAAGCUGUACAGGCAUUCCCAGGAUCCGCUGGUUAAAAGCGAUGCGGCAGUGGCCAUUCUCAGCAAAAAACCGGACUCGAAGGCCUCGCUAGCCUGUGCUCUGCCCUGGGGCCACGGAUGGGGAUGGGCCACGCUGCCCAAUGGGGUGUGGAGCGGCGGACUCACGUGGUCGCAGUGCGAGGAUACCUUCACCCUGCACGCCUUGCCCACCACCCACUGCACUAACCUAAUCGACACCUCAUGCAGCGGGGCGGUGUACCACACGGACAUUGGUGGGUUCGACUUUCACUCUUCAGGUGUGGACGACAUCGGGGGCGAGGACUUCGACUACGCCAUGGAUUGUGGGGAUUUCAUAUUCUAAACUCCCUCCAGCACAGCAUUCAGACACCCACCCACCCAGCGGGCGGGGCACUUUCGUCCUUGCCCCGCAGAUUUUGUCUUUGAUUGGAAGGAGCUAAGCAACUGGUAGUCGCUUGGGUAGUAUUUAAUAUUUAACCGUGCUUUCGUUAACCUCUGAGUGUUAGGUGUUGCUAAAUGGAAGGGAAAAUCCCCAGCGUUGCGUAUACGCCUCUUUGUCCUUGUCCCAGUGCGGUUAACUAUCCCGCUUAACCCAUUACCAUGUUUAACUUUGUGUAUUGCCCUAAUUGCGUUAAACAGUUAAACUGAAAGUGCAUACACAAUUUGACGCAAUUUUCCCAUUUCCCUCAGUGUGCUAAAAUAUAUGCAUGAAUAUGGCUGCGGCCAAGGAAAUAGUUCUGUUCAACUUUGUCCGAUGAGAAUUUAGGGACUCAUUUACUUUUUAACAAGCUGGCUGUCAAUAAAGUUGGCGAACCCAUUUUACUUUGCCACCAAAAAUAUAUGUUUGAAAGAUAUUCCGGAAAUUAAAAGUCAAGUUUCGAGAAAACAAAGUUUAAUAUUCGGCAGAUAUUUAGUCUGUUAUUCUAUACAAAAAGAAUUACCUUUUACCAGGUAUCGGGUUAUUUAAAGAAAGUUAAACAAGAGCAACUAUUACUUUGGCCGUCGCUGUAGUUGAAUUUUGAAUUCUGGCUGAAGCACGUGUGUCCAUGUAUCCCCCAAUAUAUACAUGUUAGGCCGCACACUCGCCAACCUCCAGCCCACAACCACCACCCACCAUACACCACCAUCCCCACCACCCACUAACCACAGCACCACCCCACCCAACCGCAUUCAACCAUCGCAGUCGCAGUUGCAACUACAAGCAUUUGAAAUGCGAAAAUAUUUUUGCAUCGCGCAUAUAAGUAGGCUACAACAUAUUUUUGCACUCGACAAGCGAACAAAUUACAAUAAAUAAUGCAGACGAGACGAGGCGACGACUAAAUUAAAAACGAGAAAAACAACCGCAAGAGAUUGAAAUACUUUUGUGUAUUUUGAGACUUUUGAAAUUUAUAUUGAUGCAAUUUGUAAUGGAAACACUUUUCAAAUUGUUUUGCCAUGAUUUUCUAGAAUUUUUGGAAUCGAUAGUAUUUAACCGCUAAACCCAAGCCCGAACAAGCCCCAAACCCCAGCGAUACCCGCAAAACCCCAUUUUUGUGUGCAAAUUUUUGAAACAUUUAUACAGAUACAGCGCGCGUAAAUUAAGUACGUCGAAAAAUCGAUAAAAAUUUAAUACAAUUGCCUAAGGGCAAAAACAAAAAAGUCGUAAAAUCCAAGGAAGAUUUUAAAGUGGAGUAUAGCAAUUUUUAUAUAGCAUGUUAAACAGAAAUGACAGUAAACAGGAAAACCAGGUAAAUAACAAGUAAUUAACGAGGUAAAAACGAACUUUAGCCGUAAACACCCAUACACCCGCAAAACACCUAACACCGCAACACGAAAACCUAGUGUAAGUGUUAGCACAUAAGGCAUGGCAUCCGAAUGUCAGUUUAGUUUUCGAAACUAACUCACACAGAUCGACUUACCCACCCGUACUGAUGUAAAGUUUAUAAAACCAAGUCGAGCGAAACACAGAGACAAGUUAGCAACCCAGGAAAAAUCACAGAAUAUAAAGCCAAAGACGUGUAUACUCAUGUACGAGUAAUUAGCAGUUAAGAACACAUUCGAAUACAUUGAAAAAUCACAACCGACGAAAAGGUAAUGGCACCACACAUACAGAUCAUCUGUCAUUAUCCCACAUCGAUUCGAUUUUGAAUUUGAUUUUGAGGAACUUUCGACACAAUAUGUGAGGAAGGGAAACGCCGCUACGGACACCUUGAGAAAACUGUAACUGUAACUACGUUUAGGCAUACAUAUAAUAUAUAUCUAGGAUCUAGGAUAAGUUGAGGAACGCAGCGUCAAGUAGAGGAGCGACCGUUAAGUUAUACACACAUACAUAUAUGAUAAAUGUACGUACCGUAAGAAUGUGCAGGUUUUCAAAAUGUUGCAUGCCGCGAAAAUGCAUAGAACUAGAUAAUAGAAACGCGAAAUAUUAUGUAAAAUACGGGUAACGGGACACACCAUGUCCUACGCAUCUGUUGCAUGUCCUUGUAAGCGCAUGUAUACUUAUAUAUUACUAUAUAUUUAUGUACAACAAUAACCAAGAGCAAAGCUACACGAAACGCAAAAAAGCAAACGGAAACGGAAACCUUAAACCUGAGCCUUCAGCCUUAGCUAUCAUACCCCAUCUCCCACGCCCACCAUUCGCUACUAGCCCCGUUUAGUACACAUACAUACGAACAGAAAUAUAUAUAUGUAUAUGUAUUAUGUAAUAGCUAUAGUCGGGAGACGCGAGUCGGACAUCGGGGAAUAUAGACGUACAUAGAGAACCCGCCACGUAACGUAACGUAAAUGAAAUGUAGACUAAAAGACUUAAGCAAUUGUCGUUUAGACGUUAAAUUAGAGCGCAUUGAAUGUUGGCUUAUAGUUCUAGAUACGGAAGCGAUUCAAGAGCGAUGUUCGGAGCGAUUAGGAACAUAUUUAAGAAUAUCCUCACCAUAAUGUUUUAGUCUGAAGCCUAGCCGAAAUCGAAAUUUGUUAGCGAGCGAGUAGUAGAGAGUCGAGUCAAAAAUGCGAUAACCAAACUAAAACCUAAUGAAAAGCGAAAAUAAACGUAAACGUAAACCUAAAGUAAAAUCAACCUUGGACAAUCACGCAUACGCAUAUAGGAAACUGGAUUAAAUAAUGUAUGUAAAUUGUUUAAGCCUUGGGUCGGCAGCGAUAAAGGAUAGCUUGUGUGGCAUAGUCUUAGCACGUCCAGCAUGGAAUCCUUAAGGGCUCCGUGAACUCAACUAAUCUAAAUACACAAUACACACACGAUGCGAAUGCCAAUGCCAAUGCCAAUGCGGAUGCGAUGAUUCGAUUGAGAGCUCGAGCCAGGUCAAGCUUCAAUUAAGUGUCACUCCCCGACGCUCUUCAGUUGGACCGAGAAGUAUUUUUGUAAACUUUAUUAAGAACACCGAAGUCGAAAUCGAAAUCGAAAGCAAAACCAAAACCAAAAAAGCAAAAACAAAACUAAAACUAAACGAAAUACAAAUACAAAAGACAAAAAACAUGGAUGUUUUAAAACCAAAAUUAAGCAAACUUAAAACAAAAGUAUACUUUAGAGUCAAAUUUUUGUAGUAUAAUUGUACACGUAAACUGUUAGCUGAACAACCGUAUAUAGUAUAUAUAUAUAUAGUGUAUACAGACACCCACUUAUAAGUGUAUAGCGAACGCGAAUCGAGCGAGAUACACCCGUUUUUAUUGUGCUGCGCAUUUUCAGCGGGCGGCUGAACUGUGAAUAGUACCUUAGGUAUAGGUAGCGUGGCAUCGCGUGCUAACCGCAUUUGAUGUAACCGAAUUAUGAAAUUGUAGAACCCAAUCGGAAAUCGGUGGCAAGUCGUUGUGAAAUGAUCCGUGAGAGGGGCGCUCGAGAGCAGCCAAAAGCAACCAAGAGCAACCGGAAGGGGAAGCAGGCUUCUCGUCAUCCGGCCGUCUUGGCCAGCGUUGCGUAUACGCUCCGUGUUCGGCGGUCCCAACUGUAACUCACAAUUAGGCUAGUAAGUUCGCGUUGUUUGUUAUCAGUGUCGUUGAUGUUGAAGUUGAAAUUGCCGUGUCAUUGUUAAAACGUAUUCAAGUUGUAAUCCGACGGCGUUCGGAAUUAGCUGUUUUUGGGAACCAGAGCGAGCGCAGGAAGCGGUUAAGCGGAAGCGGCACUCAUCGACCCACGAAGAAGAUUAUACAAAUUAUACAAGCAUUAUACAUAGGUGUGCAUAAUACCCAUACCCACACAUAUAUACAUUGGUGUAAAAAACUGCGAACCAAACCUCCCCCCCCAAAACAACUCGAGAAGUUUUAAUCCACCAACCAAUUCGGGUGUUCCAAAUCCCCAUACGGCCCACAGCCUUGCCAAAAACUCUUCCAAAUCCCUCGAGUUACCCCCCGAACAGUAAUUAGAGAAGUAACAACGUUAUUCUAUAGAUGUGUAUGUGUCUAUAAAUAUAUUUUGUAGACGUUCACUCGCCAGACGCCGCCAAGCUCGAAAAAGUAUAUUAAAAUCCAAAGCCAACCCGCGAGGCCAUCGACCAGAAACCAAAAGAUCUUUUCAUGUGGCAGGCUCAGGUACAACCAACUCGAAUCCAGAGCAAGUGCUGCCACUCUCUUGGCCCGCUGGCCAACUUAAGAGAGGAGCGGAUUUCGCUCUCCAAUGGUUUCAAAACUGCAGCCCAAAACAAGCGAGCUGGUAUGAAUAAUUAUUAUGAAAACGAUGAGCAAAUAGACGCUAAGCGAAUAGCAAAGAAGUCAUCAAAUGAAUCAGUCAACGAGCACUGCUCGAAGCACGAAUGCCCUACCCAAUUAUAAUUAAAAUUAAGACAUCUCAAUUAUUUUAUUUUCAAUUUUAUUAAAUUGUUCAUAAAAUUUACCUAAACUAAGAAUGUUUAAAGUGGGUUUGUUCCUUAAAAUCAUAUGCUAUUAAUUGGAAUAUAUUUCGUUUUAAGAUAUAUACAAUAACAUGUUCGAAUUAUCAAUGUAGUCAAAACAAAAUUGUAAGUUGCACUUUACUUAAGUUUUUCAAAGUCUAUUUGUACUUCUUUAAAUACUGGGUUUUUGUAUUACCAAAUUGUAAACAAGAUUGAGUAAUAACAUGUUUGUGUAAUUUUGAAAAUUUUAUGAUUAAUUUAAUUAAGCUGUAAUAUUUUUUAAAUUUCAUUGUGACUACUAAGAAUGUAUUUUUGAGCUUCCCAAUCGCAGUUAACUAUGAUUUAUUAUGGUUUUGGCAGGCGAAUGCUAAAAAAAAAUAUUUAUACCAAUUUUUGAUUCGAUGACUUCAAAAGGGGUUGAUGAAGAGUAGAAGGCGGAAAACAUCUGCGAAGCGUCAGCGUUGAUAAAUGUGAAAAAAAGCAAAUAAAGUUUAGCAACAACAUCUGAGAGAAAG